UUGUUUCACAAACCCUAUCCUAUCCAGUCUAGUUAAUUUCCUAAGCCACAAAACAUCAGGCUCCUUAUAACUACUACUCUUCCCAUCACAUCAAUAAAAUUAGUAACAAUUCUGUAUCUAAUUGUAUACAUGUAUUCUAGGGUUUACACCAUGAAAAUCGUCUAGUUGAUUUCCUCAGAAUCGAAUUACAACUAUACCCACCUCAGGAUUCAUGAUGAGCAUAAAGGAUUGGGUUUUAUCCCAGGUUUCAAACUCACUAGCCUCAGCAAGACCAUUGUCGGGCAGUGACAGUUUCUUUGAAGGCGAACACCCUGCUAAUGAGUUCAGCAUUAAUGGUUCGGCCCAAACUGCCAACUCUCAAUCACAAGAGACAGCAACUGAUAUUUCACAUCCUUCUGUUCCCAAUCAAGAAACUGCCCAUCCAUCACCUAUACGUCAAGUCACUUUUGAGGAUCCCUGUCAGUACCAUUACACAGACAGUGAAAACAAGCUAGAUCCAUUAGCAAAGAUCAAGAUGCUUCAAGUCAAAUUCUUGCGUCUUGUUCUUCGUCUUCGCCGUUCACAAGACGAUCUCUUGGUGGCCAAGGUUUUAUACAGAAUCCACCUGGCAACCUUAAUACGAGCAGGAGAAUCUGAUUUAAAAAGAGUUAAUCUCAGCAGUGAUAAAGCUAUGGAAAUCGCAAGACUACAAGAAACAUCUGGUACUCCUGAGUUGGAUUUUUCAUUUUCAGUUUUAGUCCUCGGUAAAACAGGUGUUGGCAAAAGUUCAACCAUCAAUUCUAUACUUAAUCAAGCAAAAGCCAAAACGAAUGCAUUCCAACCCGCUACUGAUCAUGUUCAAGAGGUUGUGGGUACCAUUAAUGGAAUGAAGAUUUCUUUCAUUGAUACACCUGGUUUGUUGUCCCCAUCACCAAAUACUAUUGGAAGAAACCGAAAGAUUCUACACAAGAUCAAGAAACGUAUCAAGAAAUCUCCUCCAGACAUGGUUUUGUAUUUAGAGAGGCUGGAUGUGAUAAACAAUAGCUACAGUGAUUUUCCAUUAUUGAAGCUUAUAACUGAAGUAUUUGGUACUGGUAUCUGGUUCAACACAAUGCUUGUCAUGACUCAUUGUUGUUCAUCUCUUCCAGAAGGACCUAAUGGGUACCCUGUUACAUAUGAAUCUUAUGUCACUCAGUGCACGGAUCUUAUACAACAUUACAUUCACCAAACAGUCUCUGACUCUAAGAUUGAAAACCCAUUUCUGUUUGUAGAAAAUCAUCCUCAAUGUAAAACAAAUAUUAAUGGAGAUAAGAUUCUUCCAAAUGGGCAGAUUUGGAAAUCCCAAUUCCUUUUGUCAUGUUUGUGCACCAAAAUUUUGGGUGACGUCAACAAACUUUUGGAUUUCCAAGACAGAAUUGAAUUGGGGACAUCAAAUAAUACGAGGCUCCCGUCUCUACCUCAUCUUCUUUCUUCUUUUCUCCGGCACCAUAUUUCAAGCCCAAGUGGAGGUGAAAAUGAUAUUGACAUUAUUUCACUUUCAGAUUUGGAAGAAGAUGAAGAGUACGAUCGGCUACCUCCUAUAAGGAUCUUGACAAAAUCCCAGUUCAAGAAGUUGACAAAUUCCCAGAAAAGUGACUACCUUGAUGAACUGGAUUAUCGAGAAACCCUAUAUCUAAAGAAACAGUUGAAGGAAGAAUUGUGUGCACGAAAAGUGAAUAAGGACGGAGAUGGGACUUCCAAUGACAAAGAGGACCCGCCUGAGCCCGUGCUAUUACCUGAUAUGGCAGUUCCUCCAAGUUUUGAUUCCGAUAACCCGUUGCAUCGAUAUCGUUGUCUUGUUACAAAUGACCAGUGGUUUGCUAGACCCGUUCUUAAUCCCAAUGGUUGGGACCACGAUGUGGGGUUCGAUGGAGUAAACCUAGACUCAGCUAGUGAGGUAAGUAAAAACUUGUAUGCAUCACUUACAGGACAGAUCAGCAAAGACAAACAAGAUUUGAAUGUACACUCAGAGUGUUGUGCUACUUAUGUGGAUCCACGUGGGCCCACUUAUGGUGCAGCUUUGGAUGUUCAAUCUUCAGGUAAAGAUCUAAUUUACACCCUUCAUGGUAACACAAAGUUGCGUGUUGUGGAACGGAAUAUUGCAGAAUGUGGAGUAUCGUUGUUGUCUUUUGGGAAAUGUUAUUAUGCGGGUGCUAAGAUAGAAGAUAGUUUCUUAAUAGGAAAAAGGGUAAAGUUUUUGGUAAAUGGUGGUAGAAUGAGCGGUUGCGAACAAGUAGCUUAUGGCGGGAGUUUGCAGGCAGUGAUAAGAGGGAGAGACUAUCCUGUGCGCAAUGACAAUGUUAGCCUUACUAUGACAUUGUUAUCUAUGAAUAAAGAGACAGUUUUGGGUGGAAACAUAGAGUCUGAUUUUAGGGUGGGACGAGGGACAAAUAUGUCUAUAAGUGCUAAUCUAAAUAAUCGUAGUAUGGGACAGUUGUCUAUUAAAACAAGUAGCUCUGAGCAUUUGGAAAUAGCAUUGAUCGCAGCUGUAUCGAUUUUGAGGGUGCUUUUUAGGAGAAUGGGAUUUGAUCGUUCAAUCAAAGAGCACCCUGAAGUUGGAUGAUCUAUCUUAUUUGAAUCACGCAUAGGCUUUUAUUCUUGCGGUUCCAUUUUUGAGACUGGUACAAGAGCACGAAAGGUUUGUUUCCAAAUGGAGGGUAGGCAAUAAUUGUAAAUGUAUGUUGGAGAAGAGGUUAUGUAGGAACCUUGUAUGAAAGUAUAUACAGUUUUAUAAUGUUCUUUUUUUAGGUUAUCGAGACUUCUAAUUACCAAGAAAAAUGCAGAAAUACAAUUCAUUUCACUAAUUUUGAAGAAAA